AUGGCUCAAACAUCUUCAACUUGCACUCUCCCCAUCUUCAUCACCUGCCUCACACUCCUAACCCAAACAAAGGCCCGAAAGAGCCCGUUAUGCCGAACCUCCUGCGGCCCGAUUCCCAUCAACUACCCUUUCGGCAUAGACAACGGUUGUGGCAGCCCAUACUACCAAAACCUCCUAGUCUGCUCCGACUCGGCCCAACUUCAGCUCCGGACCCCAUCCGGCAUAUACCCGGUCCAUAACAUAAGCUACUCGGACCCGCACCUCAUUGUCAUGGACCCAUCCAUGUGGGCCUGUGGAGGCCGCCCGGAUUCUCGGCCCGCCGGGCCCUUCAGCCUCGACACCAGCACCCGCCUCCGGCUUUCUCGGGAGAACGACUAUCUCUUUUUCAACUGCAGCGAGAGGGACGUGAUCAUGGGGCCGAAACCUGUUUUUUGCAACCGUUUUCCCGAGCAGUGUGACUCCACGUGCGACACGUCGAGCCAUCUCUGCAGGAAUUUGCCAGGUUGUGCAUCGGCAUUGCACGGGAGUACGUGCUGCUUGUACUAUCCAAAGGGGAGUGAGUCUAUAAGAAUGAUGAUGAGACAUUGCGCGAGCUAUACAAGCGUUUAUUGGAGGACUCUUGGAACGAGGCCGGAUUUUGAUCAGGUUCCGGAAUACGGGAUUCGGGUAGAAUUCGAGAUUCCUGUCACGACACGUUGUCUCUUGUGUCAGGACAGGUUGAAGGGAGGCGGGACGUGCGGUUUCGACACUCGGACACAGGACUUCUUGUGUUUGUGUGAUAAGAGAAAUGUCACUAGUUACUGCAAAGAUAACAGAGAUGAGCAUAGUAGGCCAGCAGUGGUGGCAGGUACGGUGAGUGGAGUUUCAGUUGUGGGGGUAUUUGCAGGGGCAGGGGUUUGGUAUUUGAGGAAGAUGAGAGCAAAAGCCCCAGUGACACAUGGAGUUCAAACCAAUGACAAUAGACUCUUUUGA